UAAUGGCGGCGGAAAAGGGAGUUCUUGUUUGAGUUUCUGAUGUGCGGGUUGAGGAGAUUGGGAGAGGAGGAUGCUGCUAAUGAGGUGGAGAAUGAUUUCGAGGUCUGGUAUGAAUGCGGGAGCUUGCCGGCGCAGCCGCUACCUGUUUGAUGAAAUGCUUGAAAUAACAUACUUGGUGUUUGUGCAUGCGAAGUAUUAAGUCAUCUUGCAUGGCAUGGUGAAAUGUCUUGGAAACUCACAACUUAGUAGAUUCAACCCUACGAUGAAGUGAAUCAUGGAGCACCAGGGACUGAUGCUUCAGCUAACCUACCCCCUCUUUGGUUGGGUCUGGACUUGUGAUGGUCAUAAUCGAUCCUUUAUACUUGAGAGCAUGAUGUUCAUUAUAGUGGAAUUGCUGUUCAUUUGACUGCUAGUUAGCUAUUGAUGUAUGGAAUCCACUUCAAGGCUGUUGUUUUACAUCCAAGAUGGUGAGGAUGAUGGUGACGAAGACAUUGACUUGAUUAGGCCUUCCACAUUGUUGAUGCCAGCUCUCUUUCACAUUUGAUGCUGAUAACUUCGUAUGGCUGUUUCUUAUCAUCAUGACAUGUAUAGCAACCGACACCGAAGAUAUUGAUGGCGGCUAUUAAAAGGAAGAUAAGAGAAACAGAGGAUGGCGGCUACUGCAAUGCAAAAAGGAGAUUUGGAUACGACGUUAUCAGCUAUGAGAAGCAGGAGAAAACACGACCUGCCACCGUAAGCCGCUUAGCACAUUGCGAUGGCUUCUCGGCUCGAUGAAUCCUUCUUAGGGUUUGAUUUGUUGGGGUAACUUUUGGGGGUCACCGCCAAGCCCCUGAUUCAAAAGAAUUCAAAUCUCCCGCCCUUUUUACCAUUUUCAUCUCUCCCCGUCCUCGACUCCUGCUCUCCCCCCGUCUCCCCCCUCACUCGCCAUGGACGCUCAGCCCGCCGUCUUCCCUGGGAAGCGCAGAACGGGCGCAAAGUCUUCCGAAGUAAAGAAUGGCGACGGCGUCAAGGCUCCCAAGAAACCCCCAUGGCAGUUCGUCACCGCCGCUCAACCCAGGCCGAAGCGUGCUUUUGGCGUCGCGAGGAGCACGAAUGUUCCCGUCGAGAAGCCUCACCUCACCGCCAAGCCCCGGAAAGUUCUCGCAGCAGCAGCACCACCACCACAACCACCAACUGGUACUAGAAAGAUACGCCCAGUCUGUAUUCAAGAAACAAAGACAGCAGCAGUCACCAAAACCAGCAGAAAAGAUGAACACCAAGAGGCGGUCGGCACACCAACGUCUUCGACCAAGCCCACCGUUGCAGGCACGCCGUACCUCAGUGCCCUGAAUUGCAGCAAGUGCAAGCUCGACCAGCUCGAGUCGUCGACGUACUGGCUCGCGCAGAUAAGAUUGGCGGAGUCCACAGGGAAGCACUUUGUUUCCGCCGCUUUCUUCCGCCUCGCGUUGGAAUGCCAUGCCCAGCCGUUACAUAGGCUUCGAAUCGAGCUCAGAGAUUACGUGACGCGACAUCAAGUUAAUUCAAUGGAAUCCGUGUGGGUUGAUCUGUCUCGGGCUUAUGGACUGGGGAAGGGAGGAUUGGAUUCUGACUCGUGCGAUCUCAUUCAGAAUAAUUCUCUCUUAGCUGAAAUGCACGGUUCAAUGGAUGAACCUGAUGUUGAUCUAUGUAAUCUUGAUCGAGGUCAUGUUUCUCUAGCCAAAAAGGAUGGAUGCUCAGAACAUGACGAUGUCGAUGGCAUAGCAGCCGAUAAGAGUCUGCAUGAUGCAGCUGAAGCGAAAGCCAAUUAUGGUGAUGAAGAAAAAUUUGGGAAUAUGGAGCUGAUCGACAGUGCAUCGAUCGACACCUUAACUGGGAAUAAAUGUGGUGGUGCUACCAACAUCUGUUGCAGCAGUAAUAAGCGUGUAAGUUCUUCGCCCGGAAAGAUUGAGACUGCAAAAUCUUGCCUUUCCACUGGCAAAGACAUGGUGGUGGGCUCAGUGGUGACUCAAGAAAUGUCCAAAGCCUCAGCUAACAAUGCAGCAAGGAGUAACCAUGGCGUAGGUAGAAGAAACAGGAGCUGUCAGGAUACAAGCAAAAACAGAGAGACCGAUGCUUAGGGUUUAGCGUGAGAAAUUUGAGGAUGCUGAUUGUAGCAGAUUAACUGGGUACAUUUGCAAACCUUUAGAAAUUUGAGGACAAAAGAUUGAUUUGAUUUAUUGGUGUGAGUUAUGUUUGUAUACUGUUACUGUAGUUUUGUUCUAUGCUGGUGUGGUUUAUAUGUUUUCUC